AUGGCCCCAGACUCGACUUCUACCUCAUCACCUACCUCUACUGUUAUUCCCCUUAACACCUCACUUGAUCCUUCUCAUCCGUUGUAUGUGCAUGCAUCAGAUAAUUCGGGAGUUACACUGGUAACUGUCCCCUUUUCUGGCACUGGGUAUGUAUUUUGGAGAAAAAAUAUUCUUAUUGCUCUAUCUACUAAGAACAAGGUUGGGAUUGUUAAUGGGAGAAUCACUCAGCCAUCUCCUGAUUCUCCUAUGUAUGAUCAUUGGCUAAGAUGCAAUGACAUAGUCUUUGCAUGGUUGAGUAAUUCAGUGUCUAGGGAUAUUGCUGACAGUGUACUUCACUGUGACACUGCAAGGGAUCUUUGGAAGGAUAUAGAGGAGAGAUAUGGUCAAUCUAAUGCUAGUAGAUACUACCAAAUUCAAAGAGAAAUUGGUGGAGUCUCUCAGGGUUAUAGUGACAUUGCUAGUUAUUACACUAGGUUAAGAAAAUUGUGGGAUGAGUUAAAAACUGCUUCGUUUGGGCCAGCUUGUACCUGUGGAGCAGAACCACAGUGUAGUGAAGGACAAAAGCUCAUUCAUUUUCUUACUGGGUUAAAUGAAACAUACUCCAAUGUUAGAAGUAACAUUCUCAUGAUGAUUCUUCUACCUUCUUUGAGUAAAGCUUAUUCAAUGUUACUACAUGAUGAGAGUCAAAGGGAAAUUCAAGCUUCAGGAUCUCCAUUUCUUUCUGAAUCAACUUCCUUUCAUGCCAAAUCCACUCCUGUCCAAAACACUUCAACAAACAAGUCUUACUCUCAGAAAAUAAGUUUUGAGAAUAAAAGGAAAAACAUUGUGUGCAAAUAUUGUAGAAAACCUGGUCAUUCUUUUGACAAGUGCUAUUGGAUGCAUGGGUUCCCUCCUGACUUCAAAUUUACCAAAGGUCAGAAGACUGUAGCCUGUGUUCAGCCUAAAAUUGAUUCUCUUUCAGCUCCUAAAGCUCUACCUGGAAGUUCAGUCCAUGGUUUCAGUAAAGAGCAGUAUCAACACCUCAUGAGUCUAUUCCAACAGUCUCAAAUUUCUACUGGAAAUCAGGAUCCCAGCAUUGCCUCUUUUGCUUUGGGAGCAUUUUAG